GCGGGUCGCGUUUGAACUUUGCGCCACUUUAUACACUCGAAAAGAAAGAGAUUACUAACAAAGUGAAAGCUAGCUCUUUAAGAUUUGUGAUAUUUUUUACCGCAAAAAGGCAGGUUUAUGUGGGAAACUUCUUUGCCGUUGUUGUUAAGAGACGACGCGUGCCGUUCGACAAAGUAAGCGGAACAAGUGAUGACGUUGCUAAGGGUGGGAUUUCUGCUGCUGCUGACCAGUGGAAGUGUACCGACUGGUCAGGCGAAGUAUGUCGAAGGUCAUCUCAAAACAUCCGACAACUGGGCAUUCUUGGCAAGGUUUUGCUUUCUCUCCGGCAAGGGCAAGUACGAGUACCUGAUUGAGUACGAAAAGAAGCUCGGUGAGCUGAAGCUGCUUCUCUACUACGACGACCGUACCCAGUGGCCUGCAAUCUACAAAACGGACAAGACCUGUACCGAGAAGCUGUCCGUGCUGCACCCGGAAGACAAUCAGAUCGUAACGCUCUCCCCCCGCACACCGUACAAUCUCUACUCGGGCUGUCAUCUGCGGACGCCCACCGCCAAAGAGUCGCCGGACGAUCCACUGCCACCGCGAAAUGCCGGUGGUCCAACGACACGAGCACCGGCAACGUCCUCCCGUGGAACUCCAGCAGCUGGAGGUGAUCUGAAGCCACCGGACGAUGAGGCACAGUACUUUGAUCAGUUUCUCAAAACAACAACCACAGCGGAGCCGGAAUUCGCGUUCGAAGAGACCACCAGCGGCAAUGGAACGGAGGAGUCGCCGUACGAGGUACUGCUCACGUCCACCAGCUCCAUCGUGGGCUUCAUGGGUGACAAUGGCGAAGUGAACCUGCUGGAGAACAGUACCGACUAUCGACUUCUUGUGGAGCAGCUGUUCCCCCAGGAGGAGGAGUCCUCUGCUGGAGAGCAAUCACAGCAGGACCAUCCGAACCGGACACGACUGAGACGUGCUGCAUCGACCGGGAAGUUCGAAACGCGACUCAUCGUGAGCUGCAGUAAUUUUGGGAGCUUCACCAGCUCCCGGGAACGUUGGUGGUAUAUAGCGAUCGCGAACUGUGACGGUGCGGGGAGAGGACUGGAUGUGAAGUAUCGCUUUCGGAUGACGAACGGGCCACCGGGGGACUUCUGGCACGAGCACUUUUCCGCCGAUGAGAUGUAUAUUCCCCCAAUCCUGCUGGCAGAGUCCAUUGCUUACAGUUUUCUGCUGCUGGCCGUGUUUAUCUGUGCGGUGGAGCUGAAGGCACGCCACCUCUACCACUGCACCUACAGGCUGUUCACGUUGAGCGUGCUGCUGCAGUGGUUCGGCAUACUGCUGCUGAGCGUCACCUGGACGAAGUACGCCGUGUCGGGCAUUGGGCCGUUUCCCAACUUCGGUGGCAUCUUCACGAGUGCGAGUGAGAUCUCCUUUCUGCUGCUGCUGUUGCUGAUGGCGAAAGGCUAUACCAUCACCCGGGCACGGCUGAAAACGUGCUCCACCGUCAAGAUCACCAUCUUCAUCAACCUGUACGUGGUCGUGUACGUGUCACUGUACAUCUAUCAAGCGGAAGCGUUCGAUCCAGGCGAAGUACUGAACCUGUACGAAUCACCGGCCGGUUUCGGACUGGCCGGACUUCGCUGUGCCGGCUGGAUCUUUUUCAUGUACGCGUGUGCCGCCACAAUUCGCAAGUUUGCGGAAAAGACACCCUUCUACUAUCCCUUCACGAUGCUCGGUUCGCUGUGGAUUCUUAGCGGCCCCGUCCUGACACUGCUCGGGGUUAGUGUACUCGACCCGUGGGUGAGGGAGUCCGUCAUGCAUGGUGCUCUCGGGGCGGUCGCGUUUGCCGGCCAUUUGGCAUUCCUGUGGUUGACAUGGCCGUCGCGCGCGAAUCGUAGCUUCCCGUACCACGUGCGCACCAACCACGUGGGCAUCUCGCACGGGGAGGACGAUGAGGUGACCUAUCCGAAGCAUCCGUACGAACCCGCGACGAUCGUCGGCAACCAUCACCACUACCCUGCGGCCCCUCCGGAGACGAUACUGCCGGGGAAUGGGCACGGGAAUGGCUUUCUGGUGCCGUUGUCCCGUGGCGAAGGAUUGUACGAUCAGUAUUUGCGCGAGCGUGACAUCUACCACAGCAGCUCGACUCCGCUUAGCUACGUGUCGUUCCCUACACCCGCCACCACCACGAAUGGGGUCCAUCGGGAAGGACCAUCGUUAGUGCGGAACGGCAACGGCAUCAACAGCCCAGCAACGGCGAACGGGAACGGCGUCAACAGCCCAGCCACGGGGAGCGGAGAACCAUCGGCAAACAGAAACUCACUUGCACUGGUCGUGGAUGGCGAUCUGUCCGGGCAUCCUUCGCUGGAGGUGGCGCCGGAACAGGUGUCGUCGAGCAAUGCGCCUCUAAGCGGAAACGGGUCCAUCGCAUCCGAACCGGUCGAAAGGCAACCAUCCGGUGGAGGUGUUGAGCGGGAACAAGAGAAACGACCUUUUAAUCCAUUUCUUGCUGGUGGAGCUGCUAGUGGAACCGUAGCGAGUGGGGAAGCGAGCCGAAAACCGAACAAAAUCAUUCUCCCCAGCCUGUCGGACCACACCGGUCAGGCAGGUCCGGUGACGGAGGUCGCUGGAACGGCGGAACUGGCGGAACAACCGGCAACGAACGGGAACGAUGGCAGUAAUGCCGUCCCCAAGCAUCUCUUUGCGGCAAAGCGAGAUCCGUAAAGGCACCUCUGUGUGUGGGGGGUAGUGGGUGUGCCGUGUGCCUGUGUGUGUGUGGUUUGCCGCCUCUUCUGUUUUCUCGUUUUUUUCUACACGUGUUUGUGCCUUACAUCUACGCCGCGCCGUGUUGGUGUCGAGGCUUUCUUUCGU